AUACCUGUAUGAAGCAGAAUCUAAGUUGAUCAUUUCAAUAAUUAUUUUUAGUAAUUUGUAUCCAGUUUAACGGCUUCUUUUUUUUUUUUUUUGGAAAAAGUAUUCUCCUGGAUGUCUUUAAAUGGCCAACAUACCCCUUGUAUUACAUCAAGAGUGCAAAGUUCUAAAGUUGAAUGGAGUGGAGCUUCAGAAGCUACAAAUUGCUGGUCAGAAAAGACAGUAAACAGAAGCCAAUUGGUAGCUGCAGGAGGAAAUGAUAUGAAAAAGAAGUGUUUGGAUAAUGAGAGAGAUGCUCUCCUUCUUUUCAAAGCUUCCUUUCAAGACCCUUAUGAUUAUCUCUCUACAUGGAGAGCUGAUGAGCAUGACUGCUGUAAAUGGAGUGGAGUCACGUGCAGCAACCAAACAGGUCAUGUCACAGGGCUUGAUAUCAAUGUAUAUUGGCUUGAAGGUGAGAUAAGCCAUUCACUGCUUAACUUAACCUACUUGAAUCAUCUUGGCCUUUACGGUAACGCUUUUUAUGGAACCAUUCCCACCUUCAUUGGUUCUUUGACUCGAUUAAGGUACCUUAACCUUGGCUUGAAUCAUUUUAAUGGGACCAUUCCCAGGUCAAUUGGUUCCUUGACUGAACUAAGUUACCUUUCCCUUUCUUAUAAUUCUCUUUAUGGAACCAUUCCACCAGAGUUUGGAAACCUCACCAACUUGCAAGAGCUUCAUCUUGAUUCUGUUGGAAGGUGUAGAGUGGAAAAGGUAGAGUGGUUGUCUCAUCUCUCUCAGUUGGAGGUACUUGUAAUGGAUGGGGUUUCCCUGUCCAAAGCAAAUCAUUGGGUAGAUGUAAUUUCAAGUCUCCCAAAACUCUCAUGGUUAAGUUUACAGAGAUGUGAGCUGUCACAGGUCAUGUAUCCAUAUUCUUCUUCAUUUCUCAACUCUUCUUCAUCUAUUCAUACCCUUUAUCUCAAUGACAACAAUCUCAACUCGUCCAUGUAUCGUUGGUUGUUCCCAUUAACCAGCAAUAGCAUUCAAAUCCUUGAUCUUACCAGCAACAUGUUAGAUGGGAUACCCAAAUAUCUUGGUAACCUCUGUAGUCUGGAAUAUUUGUACUUCUAUAACAACUCUGCUGCUGUCAAAUUUCCUGAUUUUCUCAACAACUUGUCUGGAUGCACAUCCCUUUCAUUACAAGAGUUGUCUGCUCAAGGAAGCCAAUUUACAGGGCCACUGUCCGAUGUGAUCCAGAAGUUUGCAUCCCUACGAUACUUGUACCUAUCUGAUAAUCAGUUAAAUGGAAGUAUAAGUGAGAAACUGUGGGAACUACCCAGCCUCCAAAUUCUUGACCUUGCUUCUAAUAAUCUUACAGUUCCUUCCACGUAUCACUUGUCAGGCCUUUCUUAUUUAAAGUAUGUUGAUCUGAGCUCUUGCAAGGUAGGGCCUCGCUUCCCCAAAUGGAUUCAGACACUCAAAAAUCUUACCAGUCUUGAUCUUUCCAAUACUGGAAUUUCAGACGCAAUUCCUCUGGAGUUUUGGGACAUGUGGCCUUCUCAAUUAGAAUAUCUGAAUCUCUCUUCCAACAACAUUAGCGGGAAAGUACCAGAUUUAUCAUCAAAUUUUGACAAAGAUUAUUCAGCGAUAGAUUUGAGUUCUAACAGCUUUUUUGGUUCGAUACCCAAUGUUUCUUCCACGUUGUCAUCAUUAAAUCUUUCCAGAAACAAAUUCUCUGGAGGAAUCUCCUUCAUAUGCCAAGCUGUUGAUGGGUUCUUAUCAUUUCUUGACCUCUCUCAUAACUCAUUAACCGGACAACUCCCGGACUGUUUGUGGCAUUUUAAAUACCUAAGAGUUCUUAAUCUCGGACACAACAAUCUCUUUGGAAGUCUUCCUCCCUCUAUUGGAUCUUUGAUACAACUCCAGGUGUUGUAUGUAUACGAUAACAACUUCUCCGGAGAAUUGCCUUUGUCCUUAAAAAAUUGCACGAGUUUAAUCUCAUUGAAUUUGGGGGCCAACAAGUUUUCUGGUAAUGUGCCUGUUUGGAUAGGAGAAAACCUAUCAGGGCUACCUGUCAAUGAACAAUCUCCAUGGAAGCAUCCCCUCAUGUUUCAGUAA